AUGCUCAGAUUAUCCUCAAACUCCUCAGAUUAUCCUCAGACUACUCCUCAAACUCCUCAGUCUAAUCCUCAGACUCCUCCUCAGAUUAUCCUCAAACUCCUCAGAUUAUCCUCAAACUCCUCAGACUACUCCUCAAACUACUCCUCGGUCUAA